AUUAUUAUAUUAUAAAUUAGUGAUCGUUUUGUCGUAAGUGCAUUAUAUACCUUAUCGUACCAUAACGCAAUUAUUAUACACAUACUAAUAAUAUAACCUAUAAUAUUAUACGAGUCACAUUAUAUAUUUAGUCGGCGUUUUUGUGAAUAAAGCGUAAUAAUAUAGAAAAAUAGUAUGAGUUACACCAUUGACACAAAUUUGGCAGCUAGUCAAUUGCCCGAUGGUUUUCUUUCUGGUACUUCUGACUUCCUAUGCACGCUGUUCAACCGGCCUAAGAAGGUUAUCAUGGGUCAACUUCGAUCUGGACAGGAGUUUGAUUUUUCCGGAUCAAGUGAUCCUUGUAUCGUGAUGAAAUUGACCAGAGGGUCGCUGCGGCCAGACAUGCCAAUCGACGAAGAGGUAAUCGAACAAUACGUGGCGACAAUCAGUGAAUAUCUGCAAAACGCGCUUGGCGUUCACAAGUCCAGAAUCAUGAUUUUUUACUAUGAACAUGAUAUGGCGUUGAUUGGCAACAACGGAAAAACUUUGAAACGUAUUUGGUCCGAAAUCGGCAAGUUUCCGUCGGAUUAAAAUGCAAACGCCCGUGGCUUUCGCCUGCAGUUUUAGUAUUUAUUAUUAUAUAUAAUAUAAACACCAAUAUAAAUUAUUAACACCAAUA